CCCUCCCCGCCUUCCACCCCCAUCAUGGAGGAUGUGGAAAGCCCUGUGCAAGGGGUUCCCGGGAGAGGACCCUGGAAGUAGUCUGGGGACUCGGUAGGAUGACUGCCCAGAGGCUGAGUCUAUAACUCUGGGACGUCACUGGCCCAGGGCAGGUCCAGCUCCAGGCCUCACAACUGCACCCUCAAGCCUGUAGCCAAGAAGCAGUACUCCAGCGGGCUGACCUGAGUACUCAUUCUUCUCAGGUCUCUGGGGAAAGGAAAGGGACCCGGCUGGAGAUAAAGCCCUUCUUAGUUUCCCCCUUCCCUCACCCUCGGCUUCGUCUCUCUCCUCAGGUGUAAACCUGCCUCACACUGUCCCGGAGUGAAAAGGGCUGGAUAACCCUGUACUUUGCAAUUAAAUAGGAAUGGUAGUUCUGGGAGUUUGCUUAAUUAAGAAGAAUUCUAGCUUCAUCCCAUUCAUUCAUUCAUUCAACAAUUACUUAUUGAGCACCUACUACGUGCCAGACAGUAGGCCUGGAUAGCUUCUCCCCAUUUUUCAGAGUGGUUAAAUGCUGCUAGGGGGCGGCGGAGGGACCUGGAAACCAGGAGUUCUGGUUCCACCCCUUUUAUGUUUGGCCUCGCUUACUCCUCCAUCACUACUUCACUCAGAGGCGGCCACUGGCCCAAGACGAAGUCAGAAGUCAGUCUCUGCUGUCUGUUGAGUUCUCCAGCCCCGGUUCUCAGGCCCUGUAGCGGAGAAGGCGAAGUCUAAUGCUACACCUCCCGCCGGUUCCGCUUCAGUUUCGGGGUCCAUCGGAAGGCAUUCGGAUCAGGUGCUCGGUGAGACCGCACUCGAUUGAAUCGGUCUGUAUCUACAGCCCAAGGAGGCGGGCUCACUGCAGCCACUCCAGGGACGAUGAAAGGAGACCUUGCUGCGCACGCGCAGUAGGCAGUCUAAGGAGCCACCUAUGGAGCCGUCCGGAGGGGAGCAAGAGCCGGGAGCCGUCAGGCUCCUGGACCUGCCCUGGGAAGACGUGCUACUCCCACACGUCCUAAGCAGGGUCCCGCUGCGCCAGCUGCUCCGUCUGCAGCGCGUCAGCCGGGCCUUCCGGGCGCUAGUGCAGCUGCACCUGGCGGGGCUGCGCCGCUUCGACGCCGCUCAGGUGGGUUCGCAGAUCCCACGGGCAGCAUUGGCCCGGCUGCUGCGGGACGCCGAGGGGCUGCAGGACCUAGCUCUGGCGCCGUGUCACGAAUGGCUCUCUGAUGAGGACCUGUUGCCGGUGCUGGCGCGGAAUCCGCAGCUGCGGAGUGUGGCGCUGGCCGGCUGCGGGCAACUGAGCCGCCGCGCGCUGGUGGCGCUGGCUGAGGGCUGCGCCCGCCUGCAGCGUCUGUCCCUCGCGCACUGUGACUGGGUGGACGGGCUGGCGCUGCGCGGCCUUGCCGACCGCUGCCCGGCUCUUGAGGAGCUAGACCUCACCGCCUGCCGCCAGCUCAAGGACGAGGCUAUCGUGUACCUGGCACAGAGGCGCGGCGCGGGCCUCCGCAGACUCUCGCUGGCUGUCAACGCCAAUGUCGGGGACGCCGCUGUCCAGGAGUUGGCUCGCAACUGCCCGCAACUCGAGCACCUCGACCUCACCGGCUGCCUCCGCGUGGAAAGCGACGGCGUCAGGACGUUGGCCGAGUACUGCCCUGCGCUGCGCUCGCUUCGGGUACGGCACUGCCACCACGUGGCCGAGCCCAGCCUGAGCCGCUUGCGGAAGCGCGGCGUGGAUAUCGACGUGGAGCCGCCGCUGCACCAGGCCCUGGUGCUGUUGCAGGACAUGGCGGGCUUCGCACCCUUUAUCAACCUGCAGGUCUGAACUGCCCGCCAGCUGGGGCACAGCUGGACUGUGUGGAGGGGGCCUGACUGUGAGCUGUAGGGCAACUGGACUGUGGGGGCCUCUGGUGAGGGGCCAGUGCCCUGCCCCAUCCUGGAGCUUCAAAUAAAGAGCUUUUUACCCCCUC